GGACACUGACAUGGCUGCUGUUGUAUUUGUCUAGUGUUGUCUUCUCAACAACACGAACACAGUGGGCAGCUAUCAUUUUUUGUGUGCGUGUGAUUACCGACCCGUGGCGACAUGUUCCAGGUUGUGGGUGUGAGGAGCGCCUCCCGGCUUCUCUGUAGCAGGGGCGCCGUGAUGGUGGAGAGUGUCCGCGGUCGGAAGUCCCGCAACGACCCGGUGGCCAAGUCCAAACAGGGCCGCAUCAAAGUGCCGCCGCCUGUGGACCCGGUGGAGAUGGUGGUUAUGAAGGAGCGAUUCUCCGAGUACCAGAUGACCAUGGUGGCGCUGCGUCACGAGUUUCGGCAGGAGAUCCGACAAAAGCUGUAUGAGGCAAAGAAGGGCUCCAUAGCAGCAGAGUUGGCAAAGCAGGAAGUCAUGGAGCAUCGUGAGCUCAUGGAGUGGAACCAGCAGGAGAACCUCCGCUUGCUGGAACUUAGACUACAAAGGAUCCAGAAGGAAAAUGAAGAAGCUGAGCUCAGUAAGAAAGCAGCGGCCCUUCAGCGUGAGCGAGAAACAGAACAAUUUAUCAGAGAAAAAGAGAGAGAAAUUUUGCAGUUACAGGAGGACGCAAAGAACUUUAUCACUCUGGAGAACUUGGAUCAACGCAUUGAAGAAGCUUUGGACAAUCCAAAGAAUUACAACUUUGCCAUUGACCGAGAGGGACGAGUUGUUAAACACACAGUGCUGCAGUGAAGCAUAGCAGACCACAAACGCACUGUGUUUUUCUUGUCAAGACUGAGUUAAACCUUAGUACACCACUGAAAUGGAUUUUCUUCAGAUGCUGAAAACUGUUUAGAUACAUUUUUCAUCGGCAAGUAAUGACGUCACAGAUACCUACAUUUGUCAAGUUUUCAGUAAAGUAUGAGCUUGAUUUUCGGUU